AUGAAGAAGGCUGCUCAGGAGAAAACCGGCUUUAUAACUGACCAUGGACUCUAUUGCUAUAAAGUGAUGCCUUUUGGCUUGAAGAACACUGGGGCAACCUACCAGAGAGGGAUCGAAGCAAAUCCUGAGAAACUCAGAGCAAUAAUAGAGAUGAAGUCGCCCACGAACUUGAACGAAAUACAAAAAUUGGCGGGGAAGAUUGCAACUCUGAACAGAUGGUCAAUCGAACUAAGUGAGUAUGAGAUCAGCUACAAACCAAAGAACGAUGUGAAAGGGCAGAUAUUAGCCGAUUUUGUAGCAGGGUUUUCCAACUUCAAAGAAGAAGUCCAGAAGCCACCUGAGAAGAAUCCAUGGCAAGUGUAUGUAGAUGGCUCGGAGGAGGAGUCAGUACUUGCCGGAUUGACGAUCACGAGGGUACUAGGAGGCGAAGAAGUCGAAAUGAAAGCCGAUUCACAAGAAGAAUCUGUGUAUAUGAUGAAAGAAGUACACGAAGGAAUUUGCGGGAGUCACUCAAGAGGACGAUCACUAGUCGCAAAGAUUGUAAGGGCAUGUUACUAUUGGCCUAAUGCACUCAAAGAUGCAAAGGAGUUCGUGAAGAAAUGUGUUCAAUGCCAGAUUCAUGUGCCAAUCCCAGGUGCACCCCCUUGA